AUGAAUAAUAAUAACUAUCCAAUUUUUAGUGCACCAGAACACCAAGAAGUGAAUAGCUCCAAUGAUCAACCAAAAUGGCCAGCAAUGAUUUCUUAUUUUGAAGAACUUAAAUCAAGCGGUUUAAAUGCAAACAAAAAUAAUUUGAUUUUUAAGUGCAUUUUAUGUCUUCCAAAAGAAAAACACAUUUCGACUUCAAAAUUAUCAAAUUCAAAUCUUAGAACACAUAUCAAAAUUACGCAUCCAAAUGAUUUGGCAGAAUUCAACAAUUGUAUGAAAAAAAGACCAACAAAUUCUACAACAACGUCUCAUAAGCAACUUAAAUUAAGCGAGGUUGGUAAAGUUUACCCAAUCAAAAAGUUGAAUCAAGCUGAAUUUGAUAAGGCUAAUUUAAGACUUAUAAUUGAUACGGUGUCACCCUUUUCAUUUAUCGAGCAUCCAGCGUUUGUAAAUUAUUGUAAGGUUACGUCAAAUAAGGUUCCUGCAUCACGUAGAAGUUUAAUGCGUGAUGUUGAAUAUUUGUAUAAUAAAAUGAUACACGAAAUGAUCAGUGAAUUAGAUACAGUUAAAUAUGUAUGUAUUACAGCAGACUGCUGGAGCAUAUUCCACAAAUCAUACAUAGGUUUUACUAUCCAUUGGAUUAAUCCUGAAACGCUUGAAAGAUGUUCUAAAGGACUCGCUUGCAGACGAAUGAUAGGAAGACACACUUACGAUAAUAUUGCCGAAUCAAUAGUCAAAGUACUCGAUGAAUUUAAAAUUCAGAAUAAAACAACAUUAAUAGUCACUGACAAUGCAGCAAAUUUUGUCAAAACUUUUAGAAUAUAUAGUAAUGAUAAUGAUCUAAAUGAAUGCAUUGGUGUAUCUGAGGUAUCUGAAGAAAAUGAAGUCUCUAUAGAAAUCACAAACACUCUGGAAGGUGAACCAUCUAAUGUGGAUAACCUAAGUAUAUCAUUACCCCCUCACCAACGGUGUGCAGCACACACAAUGAACCUUAUUGCUUCAGUUGACAUUAAAGAUGCGGAAAAAGACCUUGCAUAUAAAACCAUCAGCCAUAAAGUAUUUAAAAAGUGCCAAGCUAUAUUUAAUAAACAGAAUCAAUCUACAUUAAGUGCAGAUAUCAUUAAAAAUCAUAUUGGUCGAUAUCUUAUUACACCUAAUGCCACAAGGUGGAAUUCAUAUUAUGAUGCGAUGAAAUGCAUUCUUGAAAAUAUUGAAAAGAUUGAAGAUGUGUGUAAUGAUUUACAACUAACUACCAUUUCAGGACCUCGUGAAAUCUCAUUUUUACAAGAAUAUUGCAAUGUCAUGAAACCUAUAUCUAGAGCAUUGGAUAUAUUGCAGGGUGAUAAAAACGUAUCUUUGGGAUAUUUGCUCCCUACUAUUAAUGCAGUACAUAAAUCAUUAAACGAUAUGAAGAAUAUAGUUUUCUGUAGACCAUUAAUUAUUGCACUUAAAAGAGGAUUAAAUAAAAGAUUCACAAGAUAUAUGGAGUCAAAUAUGUGCCAAGUGGCUGCCUGUUUGAUACCAAAAUUCAAACUCAAUUGGGCUGUAGAAGAUGAUCGAAACAACAUAAAAAAUUCACUUAUAGAAACAUUGGAAACCAUAAUAGAUAACGCAUCAUUAACAAAUUCCCAAGAUCUACAAUCUACAUCUAACACAACAUCUACUGAACAUCAUAAUAGUGACAUUGAGGAUGAUUUUUUUAAUUUUGAGGAAAAUAAUUCAAUAAUUUCAAAUAUUGAUUAUAAACUUCUUGUUGACAAUUAUUUAUCAAAUAAAAAUAUUAAAUCUCCUUCAGAGUUACCAAAUCCCCUUAAAGAAUUAUACAUCAAGUAUAACACUGCCGUUCCUUCAUCUGCUCAUGUUGAGCGGCUCUUUAGUGCUGGAGGACAGUUAUUAAACAAAAGGAGGGGAUCAAUGGCCGAUCACAAUUUUGAAAUGACACUAUUAUUAAAAUUCAAUAAAUAUUUUGAAUAA